UGAAUGUUCAUUCGUAUUAUUUAUUCUGCAAACUAGACUUGAAUAUUUCAGUUCCGUUUGUCACAUCCGUUCACAUCAUUUUGACUUCCAUUAUCUUAUCUUUGUAUAGUUGAAAUCGGCUUUGAAAUCACAUGGAUAUACGUCAAUCCAAAAUCAUUAUGAUAAUUUCAUGUAUACUAGUUUUCUUUUUACUAAUAUUCUUUUUGAGUGACGCACAUUCCUCGAAUGAAAAUAUGUGUAUUGAGAGUAUCACAACAGUUAGUGGAACUUUUGCACCAAAAGGUGUAAUCUGUUCAGGAAGUUUGAUUUUUGAAGACGACUUUGAAGUGUUUGACUUCAAGAAAUGGCAGCAUGUAAAAACUCUUGGUGGUGGUGGGAAUUCGCAAUUCCAAUGGUACACCAACAACAGAAGCAAUUCCUAUGUUGAAAAUGGCAUACUGCACAUUAGACCGACUUUUCUGGCUGACGAAAGAGGAGAAAAUUAUCUGUAUUCCGCUACGUUGGACAUCAAUGGAGGAUCACCAGCUGAUGAAUGUACAAAUUCGAAGUGGGAUGGAUGUAUCCGUACAGGAACAGAAGAAAUAAUUUUGAAUCCCAUAAAAAGUGCAUGUAUCCGAACUGUAGAUUCAUUCGCUUUCAAAUAUGGAGAACUUGAGAUACGAGCAAAAUUGCCAGUAGGGGAUUGGCUGUGGCCAGCCGCCUGGAUGAUGCCUAGAUGGAACGAAUACUCAAGCUGGCCUUCAUCUGGAGAAUUCGACAUUUUGGAAGCCAGAGGCAACCGCAACCUAACGAAAAAAGAAGCUCAAAUUGGUAUUCAACAAGUAGGAAGUGCUUUACAUUUUGGACCUCAUCCUAAACUGAACAGAUAUAAAUACACCCAUUUUCUAAAAAAUCACGAUGAAGGAUGGAACGCAGAUUUCCAUGUAUACAAAAUAAAGUGGAAUCAAGAUAAAAUAGAAUUCCUAAUCGACGAUGUGACUUUGGGAAAAGUCUCUCCACCUGAUGGAGGUUUUUGGGAACUAGGCGCUCUCGAAUCUACUGGUCUUGAAAAUCCCUGGAAGAGACAAUCAAAAAUAGCACCUUUCGAUCAGGAGUUUUUCCUCAUCAUCAAUUUGGCUAUAGGAGGAACAUCAUACUUCUCGGAUUAUGCUGAAAAUCAUCCAGAAAGUAAGCCCUGGAAGAAUUCUGAGAAGAGGGCGGCUGUAACAAACUUUUGGAAGGGGCGAAAUCAGUGGUUACCAACAUGGAAUAUGAAGACAGAUGACACGCAUUUUCAAAUUGAUCAUGUUAGAAUCUGGGCUUUAUAGCAACUGUUCUCACAUCUGCUAUGAUUUCAUGCUGUGAAUUAGUCAAAGGUUACGAAUUCAUCAUCUGUCGAACCAACAAUAACUCAAGAACAUGAUCUGACAUGUCAACAUUUUUUCUCGAAGGUACAUGUUUUUGAUCACAUCCUAAAUAUUUUAUUGUAUCGACUCAGUCAUCAGUGUAUGGAAAUCCAUACUGAAUAUAAAAAAAUCCACAAACAAUAAGAUUUUCACAAAAUUCAAUUCUGAAUAGCAUAAUAUGUUUCACUAACACACUAGCAUAGACAAUAGCUUCUCUAAGUGCUGAUUACUUGAAGCAGCUACUGUGUUACGAAACGUCGUGUUAUCAAGAAUUGUGUGAUGAUCUUAUCUUUUUCUGUGAUUUUUGAAUAUCCUGAAUACAUUAAUAUACCUAGUAAGGUAAUAAUCCGUAUGAAAUAAUUGACACUUUUUCGAAUGAGAUAUCUCAUGUACAUUAUUUCGCAUUUGCUUAACGAUUUUCGAAUCGAAUUGUUGAAGUUGAAAGGUGUUCCAAUGAACUAACCAUUCGUUUCAAAAGACUUAUUCGCGAAAAUAUGAGGAAAUAAUUGAAAUAUUCGAAUGUAAAAACUUCACAAACGAUGAGAUUUCCACAAAAUUCUCAUUCACACGACAUGUUUCGCUAACGCUAACACAGUAGCUUCAUCAGGUGAAAUACUGGUGCAAUGAACUGAACUAACCUUGGCUUGCCUAACUUCCAUACAUCCUACUUUCCCAACCUGAAGGAUUAGAGUUACCUGUGGACAGAGGUUCGAUAAACCUUCAUUUUCGGAAAAUAGGCACAAAAUCUACAUUAAAAUACGAUGUACAGAUUAACUUGGAAAGGUUGAUAUCAAAUACAUAUCAAUACCUGAUAAAAAAACAAAUUCAACAGUAGUGAACUAUUGAGAUCUAGUUGAUCGUUAAGUGAAAUGUUAGAAUUUUUUAGUUUGUUGAUUUCUAAUGAUUCAAAAUGAUCGAGUUUUAUCCCUUUAUUUUCUACGUCUAGAAUUUCGAAAUUAUCAUCAACACUACGGUUUUAUUCUAAUAUAUGAUUGGCGUACGAUGAGUUUGUUUUCUUAAAAAAAAUUGCAUCUUAUAUUCAUGAAGGCGCUGAUUAAACGUACGUAAAUUCCAAACAUCUCCUUAUGUCCAUGACCGUUGGUCAUUAUUCGAUUGUUUAGGUGGUGGAGUUGUCACUGUAAGUUCUUUCACCCCUCCUGAUUCAUAAUAUAUGUAUUUACUAUCAAUCGUUUCAAGUUGAUCCGGUACACCGUAUUUGAAUGAAGUUAUUGUGGCUAUUUUCCGAAAAUGAUGGUUUAUCGAACCUGUCCAUAGGAAGGAAAAGUAGGAUAUAGGUAUGAAAGUUAGGCAAGCCAAGGUUAGUCAAGUUCCUUGUACAGGGUCUUGUAGCAUUUAAAAAAACAGUACAAUAUUUUUAUUUUUUUUUCUGAAUCAAUAUUAUUGAUACACCCUGUAUAAUAUCCAAAUUAUCAUACUACUCCAUUUUAAUGAUACUACCAGAUCUUGCAGUAUAAACAUUACUCUAGUGCUCAUACCUUAUUUCCUCAAAUAACAGAAUUCCAAGCAGGUUUUCUCAUUUAUUUAGUUCAAAAAUCAGUCAGUUACAAACCUGUCGUGCACAUUAUUAGUAUCUAAUACAAAGAAUCAACUUGCCCGUGAAAUUGAUCAAUAGUUGCCUCUAGUAGUACCUGAAAAGGAAUAGUUCUUAGUACUUCAGGGAUUGCUUACAACUAAUCAACUAUCAUUAGUAAUACUCACCAAAUUAACCUGUUUCUUCCCAGCUAACUAAUAGGCAACCAUAUGAUGUCACGUUCCCAUGGGAUUCUGAGAAGUAACUUUCUAGUAGAGAAUGAUAUACCAUACCUAUAAUUAUGGUUUUGGUCUGGAAGAAAAUAAACACCUAUUGUUUACACUCAGAAUAAAGGUUAAUUGAAAUAAUAUUACUUUAAUCAUUAUAGGGGUUCUAGGAUGUCUCUUUGAGGUGUGGAUCUAAAUGCUUUUCAAUUGGAUAACAAUAAAUGCAGGGUAUUUUUUUGUAAAUAUUUAGAAUUUAACAAUUACGAUUUCUCGUUUAUG